AUGACUGUGAAGAUCACAGCCACUCAGGUCGUCCGUGAGCUUGCUGAGAAAGUUAUUGGUAGUGGUUCCAUACAACAAGGACAGCCAGGAGACAAAGUGGCCAUUCAGAUCAGUAAAGAUUGGCGCAUGGCAGUUGUGGAAAUGGAAACCCCGACUUGUAACUUACUCACAAACUACACAGAUAACACUUACAAAAUGAUUGUACAAUGUAUAAUUGUGACAGUAAUUUACAAUGAUUGUACAAUUGGAGGCCCCGAUAUGAUGACCACAUGGCAGUGUUAUCCCUCACAGAUAAAUGAAUCGAAAGCUAACAGCAUUGGGAGUAAGCGACUUCGGACUCCUCUUAGCAAGCUUAAGCUUUUCCGUGACAUAUCUAGCGGUGUUCAGAGAUGUAAUGUUCGAUCAGUGGGAAAUACCUCAGGAGAUCCUAAACAACGUAAAGAGAGCAAAGAUGGCAUCUUUGCCAUCAAAGAUGGCAUCUUUGCCAUCAAAGAUGGCAUCUUUGCCAUCAAAGAUGGCAUGGCAAAGAUGGACAUGGCAUCUAUACGGGGUUUUCCUGGCUGCGACAUAGAUGAGUAUAGUUGUGAGUAUGAUGAUUAUAGACACCAAAUGAAUAACCGGUUACGCCUCCAGUGUUACGAAUAUUGGCGUGACGGUUAUAAUUCUAGGGUUACGAAUGCAUACUCGUUUAAUGUUACGAAUGUGACGCCCAAGCUAUACUCUACUGUUAAGAAUGUGAUGCCCAAGCUAUGCUCUACUGUUAAGAAUGUGAUGCCCAAGCUAUGCUCUACUGUUAAGAAUGUGAUGGCCAAGCUAUGCUCUACUGUUAAGAAUGCGAUUCCCAAGCUAUGCUCUACUGUUAAGAAUGCGAUGCCCAAGCUAUGCUCUACUGUUAAGAAUGUGAUGGCCAAGCUAUGCUCUACUGUUAAGAAUGCGAUGCCCAAGCUAUGCUCUACUGUUAAGAAUGUGAUGCCCAAGCUAUGCUCUACUAUUAAGAAUGUGAUGCCCAAGCUAUACUCUACUGUUAAGAAUGUGAUGCCCAAGCUAUGCUCUACUGUUAAGAAUGCGAUGCCCAAGCUAUGCUCAACUGUUAAGAAUGCGAUGCACAAGCUAUGCUCUACUGUUAAGAAUGUGAUGGCCAAGCUAUGCUCUACUGUUAAGAAUGCGAUGCCCAAGCUAUGCUCUACUGUUAAGAAUGCGAUGCCCAAGCUAUGCUCUACUGUUAAGAAUGUGAUGCCCAAGCUAUGCUCUACUGUUAAGAAUGUGAUGCCCAAGCUAUGCUCUACUGUUAAGAAUGUGAUGCCCAAGCUAUGCUCUACUGUUAAGAAUGUGAUGGCCAAGCUAUGCUCUACUGUUAAGAAUGUGAUGCCCAAGCUAUGCUCUACUGUUAAGAAAGUGAUGCCCAAGCUAUGCUCUACUGUUAAGAAUGCGAUGCCCAAGCUAUGCUCUACUGUUAAGAAUGCGAUGCCCAAGCUAUGCUCUACUGUUAAGAAUGUGAUGGCCAAGCUAUGCUCUACUGUUAAGAAUGCGAUGCCCAAGCUAUGCUCUACUGUUAAGAAUGCGAUGCCCAAGCUAUGCUCUACUGUUAAGAAUGUGAUGCCCAAGCUAUGCUCUACUGUUAAGAAUGUGACGCCCAAGCUAUGCUCUACUGUUAAGAAUGCGAUGCCCAAGCUAUGCUCUACUGUUAAGAAUGUGACGCCCAAGCUAUGCUCUACUGUUAAGAGUGUGAUGCCCAAGCUAUGCUCUACUGUUAAGAAUGUGACGCUCAAGCUAUGCUCUACUGUUAAGAAUGUGAUGCCCAAGCUAUGCUCUACUGUUAAGAAUGUGAUGGCCAAGCUAUGCUCUACUGUUAAGAAUGUGAUGGCCAAGCUAUACUCUACUGUUAAGAAUGUGAUGCCCAAGCUAUGCUCUACUGUUAAGAAUGUGAUGCCCAAGCUAUGCUCUACUGUUAAGAAUGUGAUGGCCAAGCUAUGCUCUACUGUUAAGAAUGUGAUGCCCAAGCUAUGCUCAACUGUUAAGAAUGCGAUGCCCAAGCUAUGCUCUACUGUUAAGAAUGCGAUGCCCAAGCUAUGCUCUACUGUUAAGAAUGUGAUGGCCAAGCUAUGCUCUACUGUUAAGAAUGCGAUGCCCAAGCUAUGCUCUACUGUUAAGAAUGCGAUGCCCAAGCUAUGCUCUACUGUUAAGAAUGUGAUGCCCAAGCUAUGCUCUACUGUUAAGAAUGUGACGCCCAAGCUAUGCUCUACUGUUAAGAAUGCGAUGCCCAAGCUAUGCUCUACUGUUAAGAAUGUGACGCCCAAGCUAUGCUCUACUGUUAAGAAUGUGAUGCCCAAGCUAUGCUCUACUGUUAAGAAUGUGAUGGCCAAGCUAUGCUCUACUGUUAAGAAUGUGAUGGCCAAGCUAUGCUCUACUGUUAAGAAUGUGAUGCCCAAGCUAUGCUCUACUGUUAAGAAUGUGAUGCCCAAGCUAUGCUCUACUGUUAAGAAUGUGAUGCCCAAGCUAUGCUCUACUGUUAAGAAUGUGAUGGCCAAGCUAUGCUCUACUGUUAAGAAUGCGACGCCCAUCUUAAUAUACUAG